AUGGAUCUCACCGCCAUCUACGAAAGCCUCCUGUCCCUGAGCCCUGACCUGUCAUCUACUCGUGGAGGCACCGAGCCCAGCCUGGCAUGGCAGUCCUCAGGACCCUGGAGCUCGUCGGACUCCAGCCCUGUGGGGGCGGCCCCCCGCCUGCCGGGCCGCUCCACCAGCCUGGUGGAGGGCCGCUCGUGUGCCUGGGUGCCACCACCCCCAGGCUUCGCACCCCUGGCUCCACGCCCAAGCUCUGAGCUGUCGCCCUCGCCCACCUCACCAACUGCAACUCCGGCCACUUCUUCUCGCUACAAGACUGAGCUGUGUCGCACCUUUUCUGAGAACGGACGCUGCCGGUAUGGGGCUAAGUGUCAGUUUGCCCAUGGCCUGGGUGAGCUGCGCCAGGCCAGUCGCCACCCCAAGUACAAGACGGAGCUGUGCCACAAGUUCUACCUCCACGGUCGCUGCCCUUACGGCUCCCGCUGCCACUUCAUCCACAACCCCAACGAGGACUGGGCCACCCCUGGGCACCCCCCCACCUUACGGCAGAGCCUCAGCUUCUCCGGCCUGCCUUCGGGCCGCCGCUCCUCACCACCUCCAGCUGGCCUCACGAGCCCUUCCCUGUCCACGUGCUCCCUCUCACCUUCCAGCUCCCCGCCACCGCCACCCGGGGACCUUCCGCUCUCACCCUCUGCCUUCUCUGCUGCCCCUGGGACCCCGGUGUCCCGAAGGGACCCCACCCCGACCUGUUGCCCCUCCUGUCGGAGAGCCACUCCCAGCAGCCUCUGGGGGCCCCUGGGUGGCCUAGCUCGGAGCCCCUCUGCGCACUCCCUGGGAUCCGACCCUGAUGAGUAUGCCAGCAGUGGCAGCAGCCUGGGGGGCUCGGACUCCCCGGUCUUUGAGGCGGGAGUUUUUGGGCCACCCCAGCCCCCCGCAGCCCCCCGCAGACUCCCCAUCUUCAAUCGCAUCUCCGUUUCUGAGUGA